AUGGCUGUGCCAGACGAAGAGAUACAGGAAGUAUUCAAGCUUUUUGACCAGGAUGGCUCGGGAAUUAAGAUCAAGGAGAUUGGUACUGUCAUGCGAAGCCUUGGCCUGGCGGCGUCUGAGGCUCAGCUGCGCGAGUUCCGAGCCGAGGCAGAGAAGAAGGACCCGGCGUUUGUACAGUUUCCCGACUUCCUGGGCUAUGUGAAAAGAACGGAAAGAGUUGAGGCGACCAAGUCUAGCGAUGUGGGCAAGGAAAUGGAAGGAAUGAAGGUUGGCUUGCUGUACUUUUUCGACAAGUUGACCACGAAGCAGAUCCGAGAGAGCCCUCCGGACUCCAUCAAGAUGGCGGAUCUCAAGCACAUUAUGUCAUCGGUCGGCGAGAAGAUGACAGAGGAUCCGGCAGAUCUUUGCAUUUGUCGCACGGCUGGACCUUGCGCAGCGUUGAUAGCUCGAUGCUAG